AAGUUAAUUUGAACUAAUAAAAUGAUCCGUCAGUGAGGAUGUAGAGAAAUGACGGUUCAAGUCCAAAGUUAAUAUGCUUUCGAAACGAAAACAAUAUAAUACUGCUUCAUUGUUCGAAAAUCUUUGAGCAAUGAAAUCGUAUUUUUUUAUGUAAACCUCUAUAAAGAGCAAUAUGAGAGAAAGAAGGAUCGCUGACUCUUUGUCCGAAAGCCCUUUGUUUUCCUGUACGAGGUCCUCAAUGUCAUUCAUAGCUUCGACCGUUAAUCGUCUUUAAUAUCCUAAUGUUAAAGUUAAAACGAAGCAUCCGAAUAAUUGUUACUUUAAAAUAAUGUACAAAAAUUGUUUCAUUUACGUUCAUACACGUAGAACUGUGGAAUCAAUCGAAACCUAUUCGUAAUUAGCUUAAACCGAUGGGCGAGUUUUCAUGAAAUGGCGCGAAUCCACAUAUGCAGUGUCUCGCUUAAAAGAUAGCAACCUUAUUUGUUUUUGUAUAAUACAUUUUGUUAGAAUUUAACAGUAAGGAAACAGAAUUAAUAGGAAAGAAAAAAGGAUGAAUUUUUCGUGGAAUUACCAGUUUUUUUUUUUUUUUCUUUUUUUGUUACGAAUGUAUUGAACAGGGCGUAUCGUCAACGUUAUAUGAUGGGAAAAUGAAGAACGCGGCAGGAAACUAAACGGUAAAUAACAUCGAUAUCGAAACGUUGUAUGCAGAUAAAUAUGGAUCAUAGACAGUUACAGCUGUAUAAAAGUCAGCGUGAUUGGUGUAAUCGAAUAAGUGAGGGAAAUGUGGUAUAAGUGUAUAGAUAUUCUGAUAAUAGAUAUAUAUUAAGCAUACGGGCACAUAGAAAGAUUUCGAAUAUGGUUCGAAAAGUUCAACGUUAGUAAGAGUUUUCGGAAAAGACAAGAGGUGCGCUGGUGUUCCGCUAAGCUACCCCCAGCCUUACUACCCCCACCCUUCCGUUUGAGCUCCCCUAGCUAGUGCAAAUCUCGGCGGAUGAAUGUUUUCUUAAGGGAUUCUUCCUGAAAGCGACGCGAAAAUCUGAGAAGAGCCGAUCAAACUGAAAGUUUGAGAAUUAAUUGAAAGUCAGCUAUAAUGGAGAGUGGAAGUAAUUUGCAUACUUCGGGUAAUUACCCUGGUGGGGAUCGUCAACAGUUUUGCGUAUCAUGGAAUUCUCAUCAGUCGAAUAUGCACAGCGCGUUCCCAAAACUGUUGAGUUCGGAGCAAUUCGUGGAUGUUACCUUGGCCUGCGACGGAGGAUCAAUAAAAUGUCACAAAGUGGUGCUAUCCGCUUGUAGCGAUUACUUGGAACGCUUGUUAUUGGAAAUACCAUGCUCCCAUCCAAUUAUUUUUUUGAGAGAUAUGAGAAUGUGGGAACUUCAAGCUCUAGUGGAAUUCAUGUAUCGUGGGGAAGUAUAUGUAGAGCAACAACAACUUGCUAAAUUGAUGCAGGCUGCCGAAGUUUUACAGGUUCGUGGUUUGUCCACUCAAGGAAACGACAAUUGUUUAAGCAGUUUGCAACAGUGCGAUUCUAAUGCUUCCGUUGCACCGUCGACGACAGCGCAGCAAGACGAACCCGAUUUUAAAAAGGAAGACUCUCUAUCAGACGAUGGAACCUCGAGUACCAAUUUCUUAGAAGCCACAACGCUCGCCGCAGCCAGCACGGCGAGCGCUCCAUCGCAGAGUAGUACACCGGUCUCGCAAAAUCCCAAUUCCUCGAAUUUCAUGAACAUGGAACACAGCGAAGCGUUGCAACAUUUGGAGAAAGCACUUAGCGCUUGCGAAGCGACUCUAACGGAAACUCAAGGCAUGGUUAAAAUGGAACCGGACGAGCAAUUUACUCAGCAGCAAGAUAACAAACCAUACUCUAUUAGUAUGGUACCAAGCAGUAAUUGUAACCCUAGUAGUCCGUUUCCUGCAAUCGAAGGUUACCAGAGACGACAAAGACGCUCGGAAGAAGAAUUGAAGCAAGCUUCGGAUAUGGUGGCACGCGGUAUGACGUUUCAAGUCGCUUCGGAAAAAUACAAAAUUCCGAUAAGUACGAUUCGAUUCUAUAUGGUUAGAAAAGGUAUAUUGCAAAGGCGAAAACGCGGUCGUGGAUCAAGUAAUCUUGGGAUGAAUAGUCAACCGGGAAGUCCCGCGAGUCCGCCAUAUCAUAUGAUGAAUUAUCGUUUGCCAGAAAGCCUAAACUCCAGCCUACCGUAGUGCUGUACGAAAAGUAGCGAGUUUUUAGAUUUGAGUUGAAUCGAACAAAUUUUUUUAUCGCUGUAUCGGAGCUGUUCCAGACUGUCACCCGUCGCCGCAUCUCUUAAUUGACUCACACUGAGUUAUCCGUUUUUCGUUUAAUCAUUUACGAUUCGCGAUCACCGCUCAUGUCCACUGCGAGUGCGUUUUCGCCGACCUGCUCGUUAUAUUCUACAUACGUUUAUUGCAUUUACGGAAAGCAGUAAUUUGUAAGGAAAUAAUUGACAACGUGUACGUAUCGUACACGAUAGGUAUGAUUUUAGUCUCGAACAGCUCGAUUCCGUGUACAUAAGCACCAUACACGAGCUUUCGAGCGCAGCAUCGUGGUCGAAGGGAAAAUUGAACGAUCGAAUCGCAAAAGGCAACGAAUUUUCUUUCGAAAGCGUCGCGAGAUUACCGAAUUUUUGCCGGUGUUCCGUUCGAUUUCAUAUAGCUCGGAUAGCCGCGAGUAGUUCGUUGUACUUUUCUUUUCUUGUCUUUUCUUUUCUUUUCUUUUUUUUUACCUUUUUACCUUUUUACCUUUUUUUGCCUAUUAUAACACGUAGACUAAGGAAAUAGCGAAUGAAUGUACGCGUAUCGAUGCAGCGUUCGAAGGUCACCCGUGUACGGUUCAGUUUGGACCGUGUUCCGUUCUUCUACUUAGUGACAUAUACACCUUGCGUACAUGGAUAGCGUAAGAGGUAUUUUUUUGAGUCCUAUACACAGAUUGCUACAACAGAUUUACAAAACACGGUUCACAGAGAAGAUUGAACGCGUCACGCGAAUCAUAUUUUUACGAUCGCUCGAAAAAUCUUUUGAUAAUACGUAUCCGUAGGGUAGGUUCUUUUUUAUUAUGUCGUAUUUAUAUAUGUAUAUGUAUAUAUACAUAUAUAUUAGGGACACGUCUAUAUACACAUAUGUAUGUGUAGGUAGAUACGCGUAUGCAUAUAUAGGUGUAUAUAGAGGUGCGUGUGUGUGUGUAUGUAUGUAUGUACGUACGUACGUACGAACGAAGGUAUAAACGUACCGAGAUAGGUGUGAGCGCGCGUGUGCGUAUGUAUGCAUGUAUGCGUGUACGUAGACGCGUAUAUAGGUACGUUCGGUUCUAUAAACGUACGUACGUACAUCCAUACAUGUAUGCGUGCGUGUGUGUGUGUAUUUUAAGAAACAUGUGUAUGUAUUUUGUUAAGUUGGUCCUUUCGAAUCCGUGAUGAUCCUAAUUAAUCCGAGGUUUAAAUGAAUUUUCAUCAUUUCUUCUUAUUCGAUCGAGCAGAAUGUAAAACAAGUAAUUCGCGGCAAAUACGCUCGCUUCUGAUCGGCAGGAAAUCGAUGGUAACGGUAAAUUCGAAGCCGACGAUCGAUCGACGAAGUACACGGCGAGAUACAUUGUAAUUACGUCGGGAUCGUUUGCUUCGUUCACGAACGAACAUUAGUCACUACGUUAAAGACUGGUAACACGCGUGGCUGACCAGCAACCACGUUGAAUCUUAUCGUACUGCAAAUCUGGAUCUAUAUUACACAAAAUAUUUUUGUAGACACUUUGUCGCGGAAGGUGUCUUGUUUCUGCCUUUGUACGCGCAUGUGUUUAUACGUGUAUAUAUACACAUAUAUAUAUAUAAUAUAUAUGUAUAUGCGUGUGGUUUCGUGUGCGCGCGUGUUCGCGUAUGUAUGCGCAGAGACAGGUGCAUACGUAUAGAACGACACGCGUUCGCGAACGUGUAUGUAUAUGUACAUAUAUAUACAUAUAGACACAUGCACGUGCACGUAAAGAAAAAAAAAGAAAAAAAAACACGUAUACACAUACACAUAAAGUAUACAGUUGCGAGUAUAUAAGUUGUCGAUGCGGAUACAUUUACAUAUAUGUACAUACGUAGCACUGGAACAUGUACGUAUUAGUAAUUUGAUACUCGACGCUCGAAGAACCGGUACAGGUUUCAAAUGUUUACGAUCAUUGGUUCGCGAGAAACACUCGGAAAGAAAGAUAAAAAACGGAACGAUCAUGGCGUACAUGGCGUACAUGGCGUAAUGCUUUUUACAUGCUAGUGUACAAAUAACAAUUAUAAUCGAUCGACAGAAUCGAGCAGUUUUCAUAGGAGCGAUCAAACGCGAUCUUUGACCGUUUUAUGAACGCUGAUCCUGCCUUUUCGAAAGAACGCAAUGACGAUUAUACAUUGAAAAUCGUAACGUACACGUAGUAGUUCCGCGCGCGCUCGCGCGGACGUUAACCGGUUGCGUACGAUACACGCAGCGCGCGCGCGCGCGCGCCCACGUAUAGACGUAUACGCGAACCGUAACGUAAUCGUACAGUGUAUUGCCUUUGUUAAAUAGCAUUCGGAUAAAGCCAUAUUUUUCCAUGCAAUGCAAUAAUACAGCAGAAUAAAUUACCGUAAACGUGAAACAGCCUAAAUAGAGAAGAGUGCCAGAUACGAAAAAGAGAAGAUGCGAUCAGUGGAAAGAAUAGAGAAACGAAAAUAAGAAAGAAAGGAAAAAAGGAGAAGAAGGAUUAGCGGAAGAGAAGAUGAAAGGAGUAACGGACGUAAUCGAUAUGAAACGUUGUACAGAAAAUUUCCUAUCAUUCGGGACGUAUCUGCCUUUUAUUCUGGCCUCGUGAUGAUAAAUCCUGACUUUAUUUAUACUUGACAAUAUAUGGGAUACCGUGUAAAAGAGCAACUAAAAAUUAGGUUAGGAAACUUUGUGAACUUUUGGUUUCUCGCGGUACGCAGUCAAUCUCGUAACUCGACCUCGUUCGCGCGCGCUUUCAACGGAAACAGGUAGAGACGAUUAGUGCGAUAAUCUGUCAUUAUACGGUCAGAGCACGAAUUAUAAUAGAAGGUGGUUCGCGUUAAGCGAUUUCGCUUCUUUCGUAUUUUUUCCUCCGAUACUCCCAAUCUUUUCCGCUCCCCGUUUCUCGCUCUCUUCCCUCCUCUCGUUCGUUAACUUUUUAUUCUCCUUUUCGUCCAUUUUCAUGUCGCUUUCUCGCAAUCGCCGCGUAACGCGCGCGUUCUUUUCCUUUUACGCCUACUUUCUUUCUUUCUUUUUUCUUUUUUUGCCUCUGUUUUCCCCUCGUCAACUUCCGCGUUCACCGCUCGGUUCGCGAAACCAGGUGGCGGGAAAAUCGGGAAGAGCACAGAGAGGGAGAGAGAACGAAAGAGAAAAAAGAGAACAGAGUAUAAAGAACAGGGUGUUCGGUUUUGGUAAUUGGUCGAACCGGUGAAAUAACGAGAACGAGAGAGAGAGAGUAAUAUCGCGGUUAAAAAAAGAGAAAAAGAAAG